AUGAGUUCCGCCCAAGUGGACUCUGUUCGUAAUAUGUGGGGUGUGUCAGUGCCGCAACUGGCAUUCGAAUACGAGCCACUUCUGCACACUUUAUUAGCGCUGGGCGCAGCCCAUCGAGCAACCCUAUUACCGCAGGAAGCCAGUUCCCUGCGCCCGGUCUAUCAUGCAUAUAUUGAUUCGGCUAUUCGCCGACACCGCCCUGUGACAGCAAAUCCGGACCAUACCGUCACUGAAGCAGUCUGCAUGAACACCGUUCUUCUCUCGUUAUAUACCCUUUUUCUUCGGUCGGAGCCCUCGACGGCACCGUAUGAUCCUCCAGUUAUGUGGCUUUCUUUAGCGUACGGCAUUCGCAUAGUAUUGAAAAAUGUCUAUGAUCAGCUGAUCACAAAUAACUCGCCCUUGUGCCCCUUGCUUCAAGCCCAGCCCGCGAUGUGGAAAAGUGCCGAUCGCACUCAGCGGAUCUAUAAUGGAGAUAUGAAGCCUUUAAGGUUCCUACUUCAUUAUCGUCCGGAAGAUGACUGCCUGGAUAGUGCAGCAUUUUCUGUUUAUGAGGAGGGUAUUGCAUAUUUGGAAAGAUUUUACAUUGCUGUGCAGAAAGGGGAACCUGUUCAUAUACUCCGACGCAUGUUUAGUGGUUUCCCUCCGGUAAUUCCUCAGCCUUUUAUUGGAUUCGUUGCUGAGAGAAGGCCGCGAGCGCUCGUUAUGUUGGCUUACCUUUUUGCGUUGGUCAAGGAGUUUGAAGAUAUAUGGUGGCUUCGUGGGAUCCCUGAGCGAGAGGUUCGAGGACUUAACAGCAUCAUUCCUGCUGAGUGGAAUUGCAUGAUGAUUUGGCCUCUACACGUGGUGUCUAUAGGGACGACUUCUUGUGAGGAAGUGCCAAUACAAAUGGCCGGCGCUGUCGUGUCCGAUAUCCAUGCAUCAUGA